UAUGGUCAUAGUCCUGUUCUUUGUCACUGUACUGCUGCAUUGGUGCAAUGAGUUAGAAUAAUGCCCGAUUUCUUCACUUCCCAAUAAAGUUAUCCGGAGGAUAAAUAUCAAGUUUAACCAAUCACGUGCAUGGAUCUGGUAGUUUAUCUCCUGGAUAAUUUUAACCGCAAGAUAACUGGACAUGAAGAAAUCGGGCAUAAGACAAAUAUAUUUUUUCUCAUUCCAACUUAUUACACUACAGCAGUGCAGCUACCAAGAACAAACCUCAUGUAUCCGCGUUGAUAAACGCGUGUGGAGUAGGGAUGAUGGCUGGAAGGGAGGGAGAAUCUUCUAGUUCCAACGAAACAGCUGAUUUGAUUUAAAGGAAAACAAAGUGAAACAAAAUCCAGAAGAUCUUAGAGUUGAAAAGAUUCGCGUGUAUAUAGAGAUAUAUUAUAAGGACGUGUAGGAUUUUCCACUCUAUUCAGGUUUUUAAUGCUCGUACUUGGACGGUAGCGUGGUUUGCGUUUAUCUCGAUUAAAUUCGAUAACUGGAAUAAACCUCGACGAAGCCGGUUGAACCGACACGUCAUUUGACGUCGUGUUUCACGUUCUGCGAAUAUCAUCCGCGUAUGUACAAGGACAAUAGGAUAAUCGUAAUCUGAUUCUACAUAACGUAAGAGUUCGACAGAAUAGUUCAAAAUUAGAAUUAAUUGAUUAAUUAGAGUAGACAGAUAAAAAUCGAAUACAAAAUCGCACAAACAUCGUGAUUCUUACCAAUCAUGAUCCGAUCGAAUUUUGUGCUUAUCCUCAUCAUCGCUGCUUUCCACGUUACUGUUGGUGAUGAUUGUAAAGGAUGCGUGCCCUUGGAUUCAUAUUCGUUUGACAAGGUUAUCCCAAAGUUCAAGGCAGUACUCGUUAAAUUCGACGUCGCAUUUCCGUAUGGUGGUAAGCACGAGCAAUAUGCGACUGUAGCGGCCGAUACCAAGGAUUCGCAUGAUCUUUUGAUAGCCACAGUGGGCGUAAAAGACUUUGGCAAUAAGGAUAACUCUGAUCUGGCGCAACGUUAUAAUAUUAAAAAAGACGACUUUCCAGUAGUUUUACUAUUCGUACAAAGCAAAUCGGAACCAAUAAGAUUUUCUCCCGAAAGAGAUUCUGAUUUUACGGGUGAAUAUAUGAAACGCUUUAUCAGAUCAAGAUCAAAAGUUUAUCUGGGCCUGCCAGGAUGCGUGGAACGGCUAGAUAAGCUAGCCGAAGAAUUCAAAGUCGCGGGAGAGCAGGAUAGACAGGAGAUAUUGAAGAAAGCAAAAAUUUUUGAAGAGACUUUACCAGAAGAGCAACGAGAAGCAGCAAAAAUUUAUGUAAAAACUAUGGAAAAAAUUUUGGAGCGGGGCGAUGUAUUUGUACAAACGGAAGAAACACGCGUACAGGGGCUUCUUUAUAGAGGAAAACUGUCUGAUCAAAAAAAGCGUGCGAUGGAAGAGAGACGAAACAUCUUGCAAUCUUUUUCAGCAAGGGAUGAAUUGUAGAGGGCUCGAAUUAUUAAUCGAUCGCCUAAACAAUCAAGUUGUAGUUCGAGAAUCGACUGUUGCGCUAUUUUGGAUUAUUUCAUACGCUCAAGUUUAUACAAGUUUUCUACAAGUAACGAUAGAAAUAGGAAUCGUACAAGAUACACUUGGACACUCUAUUUAAAUAGGAUACCACAUUAUUUUAUUUUUCACAUUCCUUAGUCUAUUUCUCUCUAUAAAGUAUUUAUCGCCCAUUUUAGUCUAUGGACGUAAAAUACAAGAUGAUUUAUUAUCUCGUGCAAUUUUUUUAAACACUUUAUUCUUCUACAAGAUAUAAAGUAUACAUAAAUAUACAUAAAAUAUAAAUUAAGUGAUAAAUAUUAAACAUAUAUGAUUCUCAUGUUAAAAAACAUCUGUCCAUUUGUCAAAUCAAUCAUUUAAUAUAUUUACUCUGCUUGUGUAAUAGACAA